CCGAUAAACGCUGAGCCACUAGUUCUUCAGCUGAGUGUCAACACAGAUCUGUCAAGCUGUUGUUUGUAGAUGAAAAAUCGUCAGAAAACUUGUAAAUAACGUCUUUAGCAUUGUAUAACGGCUUGCUCUUCAAGAUGACAGUAGCAGAAUUUUUCGGGUGUGGGCUAAUCGCCUUUGGACCUUCUCUAGCGAUGUUUGGACUUACGAUAGCCACAGACCCCAUUCGGACUAUAAUGCUGGUCGCCAGUGCAUUCUUCUGGUUGCUGGCACUGCUCUUCUCAUCAAUAUUGUAUACAGCAGUAGUACAACUACAAGAUUACUUGGCAUUUGGGGUAGUCUUUUCUGUUUUAUUUCAAGAGUUAUUUAGAUUUUUGUGGUUCUUGCUGAUACAAAAAGCUGAAGGAGGUUUAAAGAAAGUCAGUGAUGGUAACAUGCAGAUUGUUGAGAAUAAACACAUUUUGGCUUAUGUGUCUGGCUUGGGCUUCGGAAUGAUUUCUGGUGCCUUCUCUCUUGUGAAUGUACUAGCUGAUAUGACAGGACCAGGAACCAUUGGCAUGAAAGGUGACCCCAAAAACUUCUUCAUCGCCUCGGCUGUUACAAGUCUUGCGUUCAUCCUGCUCCAUGUCUUCUGGGGGAUCCUGUUUUUCAAUGCCCUCCAUCGCCGAGCUUAUCUGCAGCUGGCUUAUGUUAUCCUGUGCCAUAUGCUAGCCUCCUGUAUAACGCUCAUGAACCCCAUCUAUUCUGUCACCAUUCCAACUAUCUGGAUUCUAACAAUACUGUCUGGGGUGCUGGCCUUCAUUGUUGCUGGUGGUUCACACAGAACCAUCCAGUCUGCCUUCCGAGGCCGUCCGCAGGUUCUACAGGUCAAUGCUGAUGCAACUGGCAAUUUCACGCAAGUUGGAGGAAUGUGAGACCCCACCCCAAGGAUCUCUUACCUAGGACCUAUAACCUUACACCUCUAGGAGAAGCGUCCUCUUAUAUUUUGUGAAACAAGGAGGAUGUGAAUUUUGUAUUUCAGAUUUUGUGGGCAGCAAAGUUAAAAUGAGAAGUAGCUGUCCUUAACAACAUAUUUUGAGAUGCUCUAGAGGGUUGAGAGUCAGUUUGUGGUGUAACACCAAAGAAAGGAUUACUUUCUAGUGUCAGAACUGCUCCCUGAAUAGAAAGGAUGUUUAAUAAUUUGCAUAAAUAAAAUUGUUUGGAUAUUUGCACUGAGUAAUUGCUAAACUAGAAACUGUUUUUAAAACUAAUUUACUACUGUUGUGAUAUUUCCAAAGGUAUGUAAUAUUAAGAUGACUUAUUUAUAUAAUUUGUCUUUUUCUAGGUAGGGGUAUAUACUUUCUGUAAGUCUUGAAUUUUUGGUCAUUGUUUCUUAUUCUGUUGGGACAUUGAUUAAUUUGGUGACUACAGAAUUAACAAUUAAUUUUGUUUUAUGAGGAAAUGGUAGACAAUAUUGAGAAAAAGAUGAUGUGUCAUAAGUGUUAUUUUGUGAUGGGGACUACAUUAUUAUAGAAAAUGUUUUAAAGGACUUUCUAAAAUAUAAUUUUUACCAAUUUUCUAAAAUGUUAGAAAUGUACAUUCUCUUUUGUUAUCAGAAUAUGUCACUGGCAUUUUGGUUAGAGUUGUUAACCUAUUUAUACAUGUCCUAUCCACUGUGAGGUUAGUUUAUUAAUUUUGUUUAUUUAGAGAUGGCUGCAUGAAUGCUUAGUCAUCAUACAGGCAAUUACUAGGGUCACCUGAUUUCAACUGUUUACCCCAUUCCUUGACAGAUUUAAAGAAAGGUUAAUAUUUUUAUUGAUUUUGUUAUUGUUUAUUGAAUUUAUAGUGAUUAAAUGUUUGUAAGACUAAUAAGUAAUUAAAUAAUUGUAACGAUAAUGCUAGAAAUGAAAAGUUUAUUCCCUAAAACCCAAGAAAUAUGGUAAAUAGAUACGAUCAGAUAGAUCUAGUAACUGAUUCUUUGGUAACAAGGUGAUUGUGAAGCCAAAUCAAAGCAAAGCUACAGUGGACAGGGCAUAUAUCUUUGUCAAUGGGUUACUAGAAAAUUAGAAAAGAUGCAACUGGACAGUCUAAUUGAAAAUAAUUGUAAUAAUAUGACAGUUGUCAAAAUCUUAGGGUUGUAUUUGCAUAAGUAAUACAGAAUACCUCCUCUCCUAUUUUUUAUGUAAUAUGUGAUUUUUAUGCUAAUAGCUUUGUAUAAAGUUGUUAGUGGUGGCUUCAAAAUGAGUUAGAUUUGAAAGGAGUAUUCAGUGCUUGUUCACCAUAUUUUGGUUACUCAGCCAUGUAAAAGGUUAAUAGAUCUGGCAAUUGUUUGGAAAUAUUUUUAAUUUGAGGAGAGAAAGACUUCAGUGCUUAUGAUUAAUGUAAGUUCAUAUAAAGUGAAAAUAAUUGAACAGUAUAUCAGUGGAGUAAGUAGCGAAAUACAAGAGAGAAAGUUACUUUAACAUAAAAGGGAAUAUUGAAAGGAGCUUAGUUCUGUUUUGAAUUGGAAGUAUUUUAUUUGAAUAUUUGUUACGCUGGAGAGUGUAGAUUUUAAACUUCAUAAUCUGAAAGAAUGCUUUUACUUUUUUUUUUUUUUUUUUUUUUUUUUUUUUUUUUUUUUCAUUUGCAUUUCCAUUUACUAUGAAGGGAAUAGUAAGUGCCACUUUUUCCUAAAAUAAGUUCUGUACAAUUUGAUGUAUGUGUACUUACAUACUUUUUGAAAAUAUCUAUGCUUAUAUACAAUAGAGAAGUUUGAAGCUUUAUGUAAUUUUUAUUAUAAUGUGUUUGAUUAUUUACCAAGAGAACGUUUGCAAUUAUGCAUUCCAUGAAAUGGAUUCUCAUGAAUGAAAAACUUCUUAACUCAGUUCAAGCUCAUGGGACUUAAAGAUAUUUGGUAAAUGCUUUCUAACAUUUUCUGUGGAAGCUAAUCUAAUGCUAGGUAACUGAAGAUAUCAGUUUUUAUUAACAUUAAUAGCUGCAUAAUUCAUCACAAUGAAAUUGUUAAACAGUUUAAGAAAGAAUAAAUAAUGUGCAGAAGGAUAUUCUGGAGGAGUUCAUAUUUCAUUGGGAAAGUCAUGUUUAAAGGUUGUAAAUCAGUAGUGAAAGCUGUGAGGAGUUGCCAAUUGGUCCACAGUGCUGUAUUUUUUAACUUGAAUGUGAGUACAUCUCUCAAUUUCAACUAUUUUUUUAUGAGAGGAGUAGAAUAGUUACCAUUCAUAAUAGUCAAGUGAAGUUACUUGCAUAUCAAUUUGCUUUGUGGGAAUCCAUACCUGAUUUUAUAUGCAUUCGAGUUUCAAAGCCAUAUAGUAUAGUGAUAAGGUUUAACAUUUUUAUUAUUUAUAAAUGAUCAUUUUCUAUUGAAAAGCAAAUUUAUGAUAUGAUGCAUUUAGUUAAUCACAUUUUUUAUAAUUUGAAAAGGAAUUUAACAGUGUAUUUAUGUAUUGAAAAAUAGUUUCUUUGACAACUUUAAGUAUGUAUCACAAAGGUUGAAAGAUUGUCUGGGUGUUUGUCGUGCUAACAUGUUAUUAACAGAAUAUUCCUUGCAGCAGUUUAAUUAAUAAUCCUCUUAUUCUCCUGUGGAUAAGUUUAAGGUUUUGAUAUUGAGAAUAUUCUACAGGAGAUAAGCUAUUUGAAAAAUUAAGUUUGGCCCAAAAUUAACUGAAGGUAGGUUCCUUUGUCAAAAAUGGUUCCUGAAGUUGACAAGUUACCCUGCAAGUUAUGGAGGAGUCAAAACAGGGAAAAUACAGUGUAUGGCGAUUCAUAUUUCUAUCUUGAUAAUGAAUGAAUAAGUUAUUGCAAGAUCUUCCCUCAAACUUUUCAGUAAUUGUAUUAUGGGAAUAUGACUUUCAUAUUAAGAUAUAUUGUAUGUAUUUGUAAAUAAAAAUGUUUGUAACAUGAAAGCUUACUCUAAAAGGUC